AUGAAAUCUCUUACAUUAUUCUUUCUUUUAUCUGUAUUCAUAUACAGUAUUAAUGGCAAGAUAAAUUCCAGUGAUAAUAAAAUCUUUUCACAUGUAAAUAUAUAUUCGAAUCUUGCUGAAAUUAUUGAACCACUUGGUAAAUUACCACUUGAAUUUUCAAAUGAAGAAUGGUCUUAUAUUCGUCCUGAUACACUUACUCUUAUUGGACCAAAUGUUAAUGUUAUCGAACAAAUAAUGACUGAAAAGAAAACAUCACUUAAUAAUCAAAAAAUUUAUAUUCGUUCACCAACAUCAACCAAUACAAAUAUUAAAUAUAUCAAAGGUGUAAUGAUUGAUGAAGAUCGAAAUCUUGUUCAAUUUACUGAUAAUUUUAUUGGUACAGAACCAAUUUAUUUAACUGUUUCACCUAACGAUAUACUUCAUAUUCUUCCACCACCAGAAUCAAAAUAUUAUGUUAAUUUUAAAUUUAAUUCAAAAGAUAAUGUUUAUACUAGUUAUCUUCGUUCAAAUCUUAAUUGGAAAACAUGUUAUCAAUUAAAUUUAUUUGAAGAAUCAAUUGAUCCUAUACUUAUCGUAAUGGCUAAUAUUCGAAAUGAUGGAAAAACAAAACUUAAUAUUAAACAUGCUAAUCUUCUUGGCGGUGAUAUUAAUUUACGAAUGCCUCGACCAUAUGUUCCUAGACCACCUGUACAAAAAUAUGCUGUUGUUGAAAAUUUACAAUUUGAGGCUAUCACGUCUGAAUCAUCAUCACCACCACCAUCAAUUGAAGAAGGCAAAGAAUUUGCUGGUCUAUAUACAUUCAGCAUUAAUCAAUCAUUUGCUAUUGAUGGAAAAACAAAUUAUAUGUUACCAAUGUUUCGUCCAUCUGUUACUAUUGAACGUAUAAAACGUUUUAAUAAACAAACAUUCAGUGGUAUUGGAAAAAGAACUGUUAAAGCAGAACGUACUUAUCGAUUAACAUCCGAUAAAUUUCUUUCUCGUGGUAAUUGUAUGAUACGUGAAAAUGAUCAACUUGUUGGUGAAACAUUUCUACCAGAUUUAGCUGCUAAUAAUAUAUAUGAUUUUUCAAUUGGUGAAGAUUCAGAUAUAAUUUCGAAAGAAAAUAUUACUUUAAUAUCAACACAUACAUAUAAUGAAACACUUUCAAAUAGUAAAGUUGAAGAACGAACACAAACAAUUUAUAAUAUUAAUAUUUCAUUUAAAAAUUUCAAAAAAUUUCGUCCAGUAAAUAUUGAAUAUGAACAAGUAAUUUCAACUCGUUCAGUUAAAUUAAUCAAAUCUAUUGGUGAUGUUAAAUUAAAUGUUUCAACAAUUGAACAUAAAUCAAUAUUAUCACCAUUGGAAGAAAAAUUUAUUUCAUAUACCAUCGAAACUGUUGAUUAA